AUGACAAGGUCUCGAACAGGGUCUCUACCGGUUGCUCCUACUGCCUCAACUCCUUCUGAGAUCAAAAAGUCAUAUCGUCCAAUAUUACUGUCUCCUACUCUGCUUAGUGACUGGAAAGUGCAUGCAAAAAGGGAGUUGAUCUUCGAAAAAUCAAUUAAUGUGGAAGAAUUGACAGAAAAAUGCAACAUCAUUUCCUUGUUGACGAAUCAAGAGUUAUUCUACAGCCUUCAAAACAUCAGUCCAUAUUCACCCUGGUUGACUGCAGAGUUCUAUACCAAACUGACUAUGGAAAUCUUUAUUCGAGACAAAUGGUUUCCUUUUAGUCCUAAGGAGAUCAAUACAUAUGUACGCCGAUCAGUUCAUGAGAAUUCUGUUGAUCCUAGUCCUAAUCUUCUAGCUGCAGCUUUGACUCACAAUGGUGUUAUCUCUUGGCCAAAUGCCGGGCUCAAAGCUCAACAAUUGACUACAGUUUACUCUGUGCUACUACGAAUCGCAACUGCAAACUGGAUACCAACUGUGCACACUAACUUUGUCUCUGAAAAACUUGCUCUUCUGCUCUACAAAGUUCGAAACAAUCUGGCCUUUGUUCUUGGUGAAAUAAUAUUCUCACAUCUCAAGACUUUUCUGACGAAGAAGAAAGAGUCCAAAGUCCAUCUACCGUUUCCAAGUCUAAUCUAUGGCAUGGUGAAACUUCAUGGAUUUCAGCCCUAUACCGAUGAAGUGAUUUCUGAAAAUUCAAACAUUUAUGUUUUUUAUGAAAGGCUUGCUCAAGGUCAUCACUAUUAUGAUCGAGCCACCCUUAUUAUUCCUAGUGCACCGAUUGCACUAUUAGACAUAACAUCUGUCCCGGUAUCUACCUCUUCUACAGUUCUGAAGGAGCCAACUACACUACUUGAUCGGAGACAGCUUGUAGCUACAAUUCUGACAUCUCUCGCUCACCUUCGUUCAUCUGUGGCAUCUCAGCAGGCCACGAUUACCGAACUAGAGGUGAUUCUGGAAAAUCAAACUCAAGAGAUCACUAGGCUAGAGAACAUUCAUACUCGAAUCAUUGCUGCAUGUAGCGCCCGUGGUCCUACUUCUUCAGCUAGUGAAGAGGAUUGUUGGUCCCGAUAA